CAAUCUCAAGGCACCCGAACAAAACCUGUAUAUAUCCAACGAACGUAUUCUUAAGAUUUCCUAUCAUCAUUAUUGUCGCACAGCACUCCCAACAUGUCACCACCCUUCAAUGUCCUGACAGCCACUGCUGCCGAGCUUCAGCAAUCCCUUACGAUUGGGACAUUGACAAGUGUGCAAAUCGUUGAGACUUACCUUGCUCAGAUCGAGAAACACAAUCAUGCUGGGGCGCAUCUCAACGCCGUUAUCAGUGUCGCGCCCCGUGAAUUGGCAUUGAAGCAAGCUGCAAAGCUGGACCAAGAGAGACAGGAAGGCAAGACUAGGAGUCCUUUUCAUGGUUUGCCGAUCAUUGUCAAAGAUUGCUUUCAAAUAGGCCCUGAAAUGGGUAUGAAGACGACGGCCGGAGCGUAUUGUUUUUCCUUGGAACAGGCAAAGGAGAACGCGGAAGUCAUUACUCAGCUUUUGGAUAAGGGUAUCAUCAUUCUAGGGACUGCAAAUCUAUCUGAAUUUUGUGGGCACAAAGCAGAGGAAAUGACUCCAGGAUGGUCAGCCAUGGGUGGACGAACAAGAUCUGCCUAUGACCUGGACUCCGAUCCAAACGUUCUCCCCAAACCUUGGUGGUUUGCGCCAUGUGGAGGCUCGUCCUCAGGUUCCGGCGUUGGAGUUUCUGCAGGAUUUGUUCCUAUGUCUCUAGGAACAGAGACUGGCGGCUCUCUCGUCUACCCCGCCAGCAGAGCAGGCUUGUAUGCAAUGAGGCCGACUCUUGGCUCUGUUUCUUCGAAAGGCGUCUUUCGAAUCUCCAAAACUUACGAUGGUGUUGGUGCGAUGGCUCGAACACCAUACGACCUCUCUCUCCUUGUAGAACUUAUCUUGAAGCAUGGCUCAAAGCACGCAUCCGAGUCGGGCUUUGGAAAGUAUCUGACAAAGUCGUGGGAAGGACUAAAAAUUGGCAUUGUAGAGGUGACAUGGGGAAUGGGGAGUCAGGAGGGCAAAGACAAAUGGACUUCAGAUCUAGUUAAGCGGAAUUACGAUGGCGUAGCACAGAAGAUUCGGGAUAACGGAGGACAUGUUCUAUUCCCCGCAUCUCCACCAGAGCCUUCUACCAUCAAGUACCAAGAUCUCGUAAUGAGAGAUAUUGCAUACCAAGAGUUCAACGAGGUAAUCCAAAUCUUCUGUGAUGGAUUCGAGAACCCAAAAGUCAGAACUGCAAAAGACAUCGUCAAGUUCAACGAGGAACAUGCCGACAAGGCGAUGCCUGAACCACAUGCGAAUCAAAAAGAACUCAUCGCAAGUUCAGAAAGCUCGCUUACGGAGGAACAAUGCGCCACUGCCCGCUCCGAGAUUCAGAGAUUGGCAGGAAAGGACGGCAUGGAAAAGUACAUGACGGACAAUGAUCUCGACCUGGUUGUUUCGAGCUCUGACUGCUCCUUGAUAUCUUUCACUUCAUGUGCUGGUUAUCCAAGCGCCACCGUACCUCUGGGGAAUUUAGAGAAUGGUCAGCCGUAUGGGCUCUUCAUAUUGGCGAGAGAAAAUCGGGAGGAUUUGAUGUUCAGGUUCAUGAGUGCUUUCGAGGCAACAUUUCCUAAGAUCAAGGGUCCGAAUUUGGUAUGACGUCUGUCGAUUGACCUGCCUGCACGAAGGGUAGGAAGCCAAGCAUUCCAUCACCCCGCUUUAGAGGAUUGAUUUGAUUUACACCGUACGUGCCAAGCCACACC